AUGCACUCAGACUGCGCCGUACUCCGUACGCCUGUCCAGCAUGUGGGUGUAAAUGUCUUGCUUGUACCGUUCCUGGAUGCUCAUUCAACACCAUGUAGAUUCUUAUACAUUACCCGUGGCUCACUCAUCCUCGCCGACACGAUCGUACUUGUCCUGACUUGGAUCAGGACGUUCGGACACUGGAGGCAGGCGCGUCAUGCGAAUAUCGGGGUGUCGGUAACGACAUGUCUGCUACGUGACGGGACCGUCUACUUCAUGACGCUGCUGGUGGCGAACUUCAUCCAAAUGCUGACCUACAACUUCCCUGCGAGUGUGUCUCCUGCAUCCGUGAUAGUCACAGCUUUGCCUCCGGUGCUCAUCAACCGCUUCAUGAUCAACCUGCGGACGAUCGACUCGGAGAUGCCGGAUUACUCUUUGCACAUUGGUGAUCAGCAGCGGAGGCAAGCGACACUACAGUUCAGAAGGCCGGCAAAUCGACUGGGAAACAUUGGGGAGACGCUACAAGAUGGUUGGAGCGACGAACUCUGGGACGAAGAGAACAACACUGCGGAAGUGGACGAGGAAGGACGUCGCGAGACCAGCACCGAAGACUGUACUGAAGUUUGAAUCAUGCUCUGUUCCAGGCGAACAGUAUCGUUGAUGUGAUUAUUUGGAUCUGUACGAGCGGAGGUCUCGAGUCGAGUGAUUUCAAUUGAGUGUGGCCCAGGUUGCCACAACGCUGCGAGCAAAGAAUAGAAAUUUGCUGUAGAGCGUUUUAUCGAGCUGUGCAACAGAUGUCUCGAAUCGA